GUCAGCCCUGUAGUGUCAGACUGAAACGCAGAUGGGGGUUGCUGUCCAGGCCUUUAAUGUCAGUUUCAAGAGUAGAAAGGUCAGAUUGUUUUUAUCAGCCUUAUUCUAGUCAUGUUGGGCGUGCACUGGGGUAUUUUGGGUAGUGGUGAGAGGCGAUACUUAGUGGUGUAUGUGGCUCUGAGCUUCUUUAUAGCAGUUAAGAUUGGCGGUAUUGAAUUUGUUGUAAUGUACCACAUUCUCUCUCUCUACUUACAAAGGCAUUAAAGUGCCUGUAAAGCUGCACUGCUCAGUAUUUGUGGUUUUGUUAGUGCCUCUUUAUGAGCAGUGUGUGUGAUCGUUGAGUGUUUUGUUUAAGUUGCCGGCUGUCAUAUGGGUGCCAUGCUGUAAAAUCUCUUUGUCUGGGAGACAUGAAUAGAGACAGCGGCAAAAGGAGGAGCUGUGUAAUCUGACACGGCUGGGCCCAUGAACCGGUCCAACUCCUCCUACUCCUCAGAGAGAGAGAGAGAGAGAGAGAGAGACCGAGAACCAGAGAGCAUGAGCAUGCUGACUUCAGACUGACAUUUGACUCCUCGAUCCACAGGCAACAGUUGUGACUUUGCAGGCGGGACCCUCUCCUUCCUUCUGCGAUCGCUCAGAGUUUGCUCCUCUGUGAAACAGUGUGCUGCUUCCCUCUCCGUUUUCUUCAGUUAAAGAGCUGACGGGGUACUCUGAAAGUCAUGGGAGUGGUCCAGAAGUUUUGGAAUGUGCUUAUAAAGGGGGAAAAGCCUGGCAACUUGUCCUUAACCUUUUUUUAGUCUUUUUGCCUCUUUGUGGAGAUUGCUGCUGAACUCUCGUUCCAGGCACUGGAAUCUGGAUCUACUUGUGUAACAUUCCUGACUACAGCAAAACCUCUUUUUUUGUGUGUUACACUUUCUGCUCUACCAACUUUUCUUUUGCUUGUUCUGGGCUGUUCUUUACUGAAGAGAAAGUCUUUUAAAACGCAUAUCUACUGCUCUCCACUUUGAGGAACACUUGCUGGAAAUUUCUCAAGCUUGUGCAAGUGUAGGUGUUUUGGGACUCAUCCCUUCCUCCUUUGGGGAGUUAGGGGUGGGGAUACCACACCGUGGCCCUAGACGACCUGUUGGGAGCUGUGUUUCUAUCUUAAGCAGAAAACUAUCUUAGAAGACUGUAGGAAACGAGUGUGAACCAGAAAAGGAGGGACUCUCUUUUACGGGCCCUUUUGUUUUUUAUGGAAAGAGCAUGAUGAAGAGUCAAUCUGCUCCCCAUGUCGGCUACUAUUAGACUACAGCCCGUGUACUCAUGGAAGGGGGUCCUCAAGCUCUUCUCUUGCAUAGCGGCCAGAACUGCUAGUAAACCUAAAGAGGUCCACACAUUUCAAAGAAAGAAGAAAGACGUACUUGGAAAUCAUAUGGACGAAGAAAUGAGUCGCCAGACUGCCACAGCGCUGCCCACAGGAACCUCUAAGUGUCCCCCUUCUCAGCGCGUCCCUACCUUGUCGGGCACCACUGCGUCCAACAGUGACCUCGCCAGCCUGUUCGAGUGUCCGGUCUGUUUUGACUAUGUGCUGCCACCCAUCCUGCAGUGCCAGAGCGGGCAUUUGGUUUGUAGCAACUGCAGGCCCAAACUCACCUGCUGCCCCACCUGCAGAGGCCCUCUCGGUUCAAUCCGCAAUCUGGCCAUGGAGAAAGUGGCCAACUCAGUGCUUUUCCCAUGCAAGUAUGCCUCAUCGGGCUGCGAAGUCACACUACCACACACAGACAAAGCUGAACACGAGGAGCUUUGUGAAUUCCGGCCAUACUCUUGCCCCUGUCCUGGGGCCUCCUGCAAGUGGCAGGGAUCUCUCGACGCCGUCAUGCCCCACUUGCUGCACCAGCACAAGUCCAUAACCACGCUACAAGGUGAGGAUAUUGUCUUCCUGGCCACAGACAUCAACUUGCCUGGGGCGGUGGACUGGGUCAUGAUGCAGUCAUGCUUCGGCUUCCAUUUUAUGCUAGUGCUGGAGAAGCAGGAGAAAUAUGACGGCCACCAGCAGUUCUUUGCCAUCGUGCAGCUGAUUGGCACACGGAAACAGGCAGAAAACUUCGCAUACCGGCUGGAGUUGAAUGGCCACCGGCGGCGACUCACCUGGGAAGCGACGCCACGUUCAAUUCACGAGGGCAUCGCCACCGCCAUCAUGAACAGUGACUGCCUUGUGUUUGACACCUCCAUUGCCCAGCUGUUUGCAGAGAACGGCAACCUGGGCAUCAACGUCACCAUAUCCAUGUGCUGAGGACUAACAGCCGUGCAUACUUGAAUGCAUUCACACACAUACAAACAUGAAACCAGACAUUUCAAUACACCGCAGGAUACCUUGAGUUGUGCUUGGGGGCUGGGGGAGUAGCUAACCUGGGGAACAUUUUGCUGUUGUUUGUUCCGAGUAGUCAUAAAAAAAAAAAAAAAAAAAAUGUUAUUGGUUGGAGCUUGGAAAGUCCAACCAGAACUCUUGGGUUCUCAGUUUUAUGCUACAAUAUUAUAUAAGUUAAAUAAUUAAUGUAUUCUACAUUUUUGAGAGCAACAGUCAUUGCCCUUGAAGGUGUCGGAAAGCCACGAUUGUGGGAUGGACAUUUGGAGCGGUGAGCUGGAUGACGGUUGGGAAUAUUGAUCAAUUCUGGAGUGGGUUUGCUCAAAAUGCGCAACCCUUAGAGCAAGUUUUUGUUCGUUCUGUUGUUGUUUCCCAAGACGUUUUGCAUUUCAGUUCAGAUAAAACACUAACUUUUAUGUUCAAAUAUUAGGUUUUGUUUUAUUCUAAUCUCCCCCUCGCCCCUUUUUUGUUCCCUUAAAUUUUUCCUACCUUGAGUAUGAUACAGAAAGGUUCUGGCAAUUGGUGCAUGACCACUGGAUAAGUUAUAACAAGUCCAGAUUUCAUUUUAGAAGUCUUGUUUGUUUCUGCCUGUCGCUGCAGUGUUCCUCCUGUUUGUUUUUGAAGGGAUGGCUUGGCAUACGCACAUCAAGCCAAGCUAUAGAAGCCACACUUCUUCGUUUUUUUUAUAUCAAAUACUCUUAAAAGAUAGAUUCAAGUUGUACAGUAUGUGUGAGAUCAUAAAUUUGUUUCCUAACCUGGAAGCCUUCGAUUACAAACACUGGAGUCAACACUGCAUUGAAUAUCAGGCUAGGAACCGGGGCAAUUAAUACAGUUAUUAUAAUGAGAUUAUUGUCAUAAUUAUCAUUUUGUAAUGACUUAUAAGAAAAUGGAAUGAAAAAGGCUGUUGUAACCUUGUGGCUAAUCUUCAGUGUUUGUAGAUAGUGUUGUUCUUCAGAAGACAUCAGUGUCUUCUUUGCUCUUUUUGUAAGUCAAUAUUUUUGUUGCUGUUGUUCUUUGUAUGUCUGCAUUUCUGUUUUUUUUUUUGCAAGGAUAGGGUGAAGCAAAGCCAAACAUCUCUAUGGAUACAUUGUACUGUUGCUAGUCCUGAUCUCUAAUUUUAUUUGUUUUUGUUCUAUUUUGCCAGUAAAUAAAUCUAUCUUUUUCAUACCCUC